GACAGAAGGAGAUGGAGCCGUCGAAUGGGCUGAACCGGCCGCUGGAGAUCGUCCCGCACGCCGAGGUGAAGAUGAAGGACAGAGGACAGUGGAGCAACAAGCUGGAGUUUGUGCUGUCUGUGGCUGGGGAAAUCAUCGGCUUGGGGAACGUCUGGAGAUUUCCGUAUCUCUGCUACAAGAACGGCGGAGGUGCUUUCUUCAUCCCCUACCUGAUCUUUCUGUUCACCUGCGGCAUUCCUGUGUUUUUCCUGGAAAUUUCUCUGGGUCAGUACACCAGUGAAGGAGGAAUCACAUGCUGGAGGAAGAUCAGCCCGCUCUUUGAAGGAAUCGGAUACGCCACGCAGGUGAUAGUGGCUCUGCUGAACUUCUACUACAUCAUCGUGCUGGCCUGGGGAAUAUUUUACCUGUCCAACUCCUUCACCUGGAAUUUGCCGUGGUCAUCCUGCAACAACACCUGGAACACAGAGUCCUGCAUGGAAUUCCAAAGACGGAAUGAUUCUGUUGACCAAAGUUACCUUGACAACGCCACAUCACCUGUGAUCGAAUUCUGGGAACGGAGGGUUCUGCGCAUCUCGUCUGGGAUCGAGGACAUCGGGACACUGCACUGGGAUCUGGUUCUCUGUCUGCUGUUAGCUUGGGUUCUCUGUUAUUUCUGCAUCUGGAAAGGAGUCAAAUCCACCGGAAAGGUGGUUUAUUUCACUGCUACAUUUCCAUACGUGAUGCUGCUGAUUUUGCUGAUCCGAGGGGUCACACUGCCCGGAGCUUCACGAGGAAUCCAGUUCUACCUUUAUCCCGAUCUGGGACGCUUAGCAGAUCCACAGGUGUGGAUGGACGCCGGUACGCAGAUCUUCUUCUCGUACGCCAUCUGUCUGGGUUGCCUCACGGCGCUUGGAAGCUACAACAAAUACAACAACAACUGCUACAGGGACUCUCUGGCCCUGUGUUUCCUGAACAGCGGGACCAGUUUUGUGGCCGGUUUUGCCAUUUUCUCCAUCCUAGGCUUCAUGUCUUACGAACAAAAUGUCCCCAUUUCAGAAGUGGCCGAGUCAGGUCCUGGUCUGGCGUUUAUCGCAUACCCGCGGGCCGUGUCCAUGAUGCCCAUCUCUCCACUGUGGGCCUGUUUCUUCUUCAUCAUGAUUGUACUGCUGGGUUUGGACAGUCAGUUUGUGUGUGUGGAGAGUCUGGUGACGGCGAUGGUGGACAUGUAUCCAUCUUUCUUCCGCCGUAAGAACCGACGGGAGCUGCUGAUCCUGGUGGUGGCCAUCGUGUCCUUCCUUGUGGGCCUUAUCAUGCUGACUGAGGGAGGAAUGUAUGUCUUCCAGCUGUUCGACUAUUACGCUGCCAGCGGCAUGUGUCUGCUGUUUGUGGCCAUCUUCGAGACCGUCUGCAUUGCCUGGAUUUAUGGUGCGAAUCGUUUCUAUGAUAACAUCGAGGACAUGAUUGGUUAUCGUCCUGGCCCAUAUAUUAAAUACUGCUGGCUCUUCUUCACUCCAGCCACAUGUUUUGGCACGUUCGCGUUCUCUCUGAUCAAGUACACUCCGCUGAAGUAUAACAAUGAGUAUGUGUACCCGUGGUGGGGUUACGCGCUGGGCUGGAUGCUGGCUCUGUCUUCCAUGAUCUGUGUGCCGCUCUGGGUCAUUUACAGAAUGGGCACUACUAAAGGGUCAUUGAUGGAGCGUGUGCAGUUUCUCAUCCGGCCGUCUCCAGAUCUGCCCAAAAGCCGACGCGAGCAGGAGAAGCUGCAGGCGGUGUUUUCAGCAGACGGAGACUCUCUGCAUCAGCACAGCACACACACACACUCACACACACACAACAGAGACGGAUAUUUCCCUGUUAGAGAGAAAGAGUCGCACUGUUAGCAAACGCUGAGCGCAGUCUGAACCUUCCCAUCAUACCUCACAGUGCAGGACAGGCAGCCAAAUACACACACACACACACACACACACACACACACACAUGCA